CGUCUCUUUCAUCUUUACACUUCAGGAAUGGCAUAAUUGUGCAGAGAAGAAGAUCCAACAAUACUUCAGUUCUGCUGUCACAAUUGUAGAAACGAAAAGCGUGAGAGAUCUAGGAGAAAAUAAAGAGAGCUUAGAGAGGACUUAGCGGAGAUGGAUAAGAUGAAUCAGGCAUUUGAGAAGAUGAAGAUGUUGGUAGGUAUGGAGGUUGAAGACGAGCAACGAGCUGCCGAGGAAGAAAGCUCGCUUUCGUUCAUGGAAGAUCUUAAUCGAAAUUGCGCUUUGACUACCAAACAGAGGUUCUAUGGGUUUGCAAUUUGUUUGUCAGCAGGCUUAACCUGUACACUUUUGUCGAUGCUUGUUUUCUUCAAUCCGGUCAAGUUUGGCAUCACGUUUACUCUCGGAAAUUUGAUGGCACUUGGGAGCACAGCAUUCCUUAUAGGCCCACAGAGGCAGGUGACUAUGAUGCUUGACCCUGCUCGUAUCUACGCUACUGCUUUGUAUCUAGCAAGCAUUAUCAUUGCCUUAUUUUGUGCUCUUUAUGUUCGUAACAAGCUUCUGACGCUGCUGGCCAUCAUUCUUGAGUUCUCUGGUCUAAUAUGGUAUAGCUUGAGCUACAUCCCUUUUGCAAGGACCAUGGUCUCAAAGGUCUUCAUGACUUGUUUUGACACCGAGUUUUAAGCAACACUACACACAGCGUCCCAAAACCAGUGUGCUUUGUUUGAACGAUUGGUCACACUCCCAACUGUGUUCAAAGCUGGAAUUGUUUGAUGCACAAAGAACUUGAAAGAGCCUUAUUAGUCCAUGCCUUAUUGCUUAUCUUUGGAGCUCGUUUUCACAAAUCCUAGCACAUGUUGUAUAUUUUACUGUGGAAUUUAACGUAAAUUAGGUUGCCGUUGCUUCCUCUCUUUUUUCUCUACUUGUUUUGAGUUCUUCUCGACGAAAGUAUAAACCAGCUAGAUAUUUUUGAAUAUUUUUAUUUCUGACAGAAAGAUUCCUAUUUUUGUUGCAAA